AUGUCAAAGCAUCAAGCAAACUCCAUUCUCCGCAACUUUGCAGCACAAGUGAAAAAACCAUGGGUGGGAAUGCCUUCUUGGUAUAGUGCCGUCGCUAAGUAUCCUCCGGCUAGUCAGUACUUGAAGCGAAUUACUCCUCUUUACUCAUCAAAAGUUCAAAAUGUUAAGAAUGGCAAUAAGGAAAUGUAUCACCCACAAUCCAUCCAGUGGCCUGAAGACAAACUUCGCAAAAAAUUCUAUCAAGACCAUCCUUGGGAAUUGGCUCGACCUCAAAUUAUUGCUGAAAAUGAUGGCAAUGACCAUCUCUACUGUGAUUGGAGUCAAUUAGAUCAACCCAGAAAAGCGCUUUCGGGUGAAAACGUCGUUCAGCGAACAUUGUGGUUAACUCAAAAUAAAAAGAUGGACGUACAGAGUGCUUAUGAUGAAGCUAGACAAGAGUUUUACAAAUUGAGAGCCAAGCAGGAGAUUCAACAACGUAUAGCUCAUGAUCAAGCACAAGCAUUGGGUGCUGCCUUUACAAAAUCAGAUCUUGAACUCGGUCAUGAACUUGAUCAAGCAGUUCUUAACGACUGGUUUGAAAAAGCUUCUCAACGUUCUGAAGUUUUCCGAUCAAAAAAUACGGAUCCUGUCAUUGAUGUUUCAUCCAGCUCACCGGAUGUACAGUCUAAACCAUGA